AUGAACAAGAAUGUCCUGGAUCCCAUGUUGAAAAGUCUACUUGAUAGUGCUUCUGCUCAGCUUUACUAUAAUUGUGCUAACAACUAUGACUACGAGAAGUUAUGUGAAGGUAUAUAUAUAGUUUUUGGUACUACUUCCAAGACUUUUGGUCUCCCUGACUAUAUGUCCACUUGGUAUAAGCUGACAUUGAUGCAUUGUUGGUAA